UUUUUUUGGAUUUCCCAUACUCCGAGUCCAGAGUCUACAGAAUCCUGAGGCUUCAAGCUUCAAGUACUUUCAAGGCGGCUGCCUAAUAACAUUAUCCACCAUGGGACUGGCCGGCAGAAAGCAAAAACAACGCAUUCCAAAUGAUCCACGAAACUUAUCCUGGGCAGAUGAUGCAGCUCGCUUCGGUCAGUCUUACAUGUCCAAGCUUGGCUGGGACCCCUCAAAAGGUCUGGGCGCCUCAGGCGAUGGCAUGAAAUCGCAUCUCAAGGUCUCCCAAAAGCUUGAUAUGCUUGGUAUUGGCGCCGCGCAUCAGCAAGAUCCUCAUGGUAUUGCGUGGAAACAGAACAAGGACUUUGAGGCUUUGCUGCAGAGGCUCAAUGCGCAGGAUGGUCAGGAUGCUGCUUCUAAGAGUGUGCUGGGAGAAUUUGUUCGGCCUGAGCAUCCUGAAGUGGAUGCACUCUCUGAAGGAGAGAAAGUCGAGGAGGACAAGGAGUCGAACCAAUUGUCGAAGAAAGAGAAGAAACGUAAGAGAAAGGAGGGGGGACAUGAUGGGGACGGGAAAGACAAGAAAAAACGGAAGAAAGAAAAACGCAAGCACGAGGAUGCCGAAGAUUCAGCUACAGCGGAUUCAUUGCAAUCUACUUCUUCACAUGUUGAUCCUCCUGCCCCAUCCCCUCAUACUACACCACCUGUUCCUCAAACGAAGCCAAAGGGUCGUCCUAUGGCUCACCGUGCUCGUAUACAAGCUGCUAAACGCCUUGCAAAUAAAUCAGCAGCUGCCAUAUCUGAAAUUCUGGGGAUUGCACCCACUCCUUCUAUCAUUUCCUCCGUGACCCCCUCUGGUUCUCUCACCCCAAUCACACCCGAAGACGACGACCUCCCCCUCGAGAAGCUCACAACGUCGAACAAGAGCGUCGCAGACUAUUUCAAGGAGAAGCUGGCUGCGAAAUCUGGCACCAAUACCCCCGCUGCAAAUGACGAUGGAAGUACUUCUCGGAGAGGGAUCGGCUCUUCCAGUGCCCCUUCUCGAGACGACAUUGAUCAACCGCGAACUGGACUUGGUGCAGGUCGCAGUUUUGGAGAAGGUGGCUCUUCGAACGUGUUCGCCCAGUUCUUCAAUGCAUCCACCUCAUCGCACGCCACCGUCGUCCAGAUGGCAUCUUCUGCUACACAGGCUAUAUUUCAACCUCCCCAGCCCACGGCGACAUCUUGCAGAGAGAGUUCCAGAGAUGAAGAGAUGACUGAGAAACAGCGACGCAAAGCGGAGAGAAAGAAGAAAGAAAACUGCGGAACGCAGAAGCGGUUGACGGGCCUGCGGGGGUAGGAGUUGAAAUACCUGACGCCGACGUUAAGGCAAAAAAGAAGAAACUGAAAGAGGAGCAACGGAAGUUGAGAGGUGCGGAACCGUCUGACCUUGCCUUAUCAGCUGCUGUGGAAGAACCCGAAGAUGCCUUGGAGUCUGAGAGGAAGAGGCGGAAAGAUGACAAGAAGAAAAAGAAAGCAAAAUCUGAUACCCAGGCAACAGCAGAAGAGCCUUACACGGACGAGAAUUUCGUCAA